UAUGAAUUAAUGAAUUAACUAAUAAUUCUCUUUCUCAAAUGAUAUCAUAGUUUUGUGAAGAACACCAUCCAUUCCAGUGUUGUUGUUAGAUACAGUCACUAGAAUAAUGGCUGCUACGUUUUCAAUCGGGACACACUUUUCCAUGUUCCAUCAUUCGCGGAAUUCUAGAAUUUCAUCUAAUGGCUUCUUCACCUUGGAACCCUUCGUUGCUUCUUCUUCUUCUUGUAGACUCAGAUUCGGAGUUCCUAAUCCCAGGUUACUUCGUAAUAAUGUAUUGGCACGCGCUGAAGAUAAAGCCAGAGAUUCUUCUUCGUUUCAGCCUCCACAAAGUUCUCAGCAACAGUUCCAGGACUUGACAUCAGAAUCUGGAACUUGUGAUCCUCUCUGUUCAGUUGAUGAAACAAGCUCACAGGAUUUUGAAGACAACUACCAGCCCAAGACUGAUUUGCUCAAAGCUGUUGCAAUAUUUGCAGCCGCUGCAACUGGGACAAUUGCUAUUAACCAUUCUUGGGUGGCUGCUAAUCAGGAUCUUGCUAUGGCAUUGCUAUUUGUAAUAGGAUAUGCAGGCAUCAUAUUUGAAGAAUCACUAGCCUUCAACAAAAGUGGAGUAGGACUAUUGAUGGCUGUAAGCUUAUGGGUGAUACGUAGUAUUGGGGCUCCAUCAACUGAUAUAGCUGUUUCAGAGCUAUCACACGCAUCUGCUGAAGUCAGUGAAAUAGUGUUCUUCUUGCUUGGAGCAAUGACCAUUGUUGAGAUAGUUGACGCUCAUCAAGGAUUUAAGAUAGUUACCGACAAUAUAAAAACCCGAAACCCGCGCCUUCUCCUUUGGGUGGUUGGAUUUAUUACAUUUUUUCUCAGUUCAGUUCUGGACAACCUUACUUCCACCAUUGUCAUGGUUUCUUUGUUGCGGAAAUUAGUACCUCCAUCAGAGUAUCGCAAGAUUCUUGGAGCUGUUGUUGUAAUAGCAGCAAAUGCGGGUGGUGCAUGGACUCCUAUUGGUGACGUUACCACUACUAUGCUGUGGAUACAUGGGCAAAUAACCACAGUGCAAACAAUGAAGGGUUUGUUUCUGCCUUCUGCCAUUUCUCUAGCUGUUCCACUGGCUCUGAUGUCCUUGACUAGUGAAGUUAAUGGCAAGGGGCAGGAUUCUUCGAAUGUCUUGGCAUCUGAACAGAUGGCUCCUCGAGGACAGCUUGUUUUCUCGGUGGGUUUAGGAGCUUUGAUUUUUGUUCCUGUGUUCAAAGCCCUCACUGGUUUGCCUCCGUACAUGGGGAUGUUGCUUGGACUUGGCGUGCUUUGGAUACUUACCGACGCUAUCCAUUAUGGUGAAUCUGAAAAGAGACAGAAGCUUAAAGUGCCACAGGCUCUAUCAAGGAUUGACACUCAAGGAGCACUAUUUUUCCUAGGAAUUCUAUUAUCUGUUAGCAGCUUGGAGGCAGCAGGGAUUCUUCGCGAAAUAGCAAAUUACCUCGAUGCUCAUGUCCAAAAUAGUGAACUAAUUGCGAGUGCUAUUGGAGUAAUAUCUGCACUCAUAGACAAUGUUCCAUUGGUUGCUGCAACAAUGGGAAUGUACGACGUCACUUCUUUCCCUCAAGAUUCCGAGUUCUGGCAAUUGGUUGCAUUUUGUGCCGGUACUGGUGGAUCCAUGUUGGUUAUUGGCUCGGCUGCUGGAGUUGCAUUCAUGGGGAUGGAAAAAGUGGACUUCGUUUGGUACUUAAAAAAGGUUAGUGGCUUUGCUUUUGCAGGUUACGCCGCUGGUAUUGCUGCGUAUUUAGCCGUUCAUAACCUCAACAUCUCUUUACCAACAACUCUAGCGGAGGUUCCUUUUCUUUCUGGUUCUUAGAUAGAGAAUUCAGGCUUCAAUUGAUUCAAUUGUCAUGGCAUCAAAGUCAGGUAUACAAGUCAACUUAGGUGCAAGUUGCCAGAGGUCAUGGUUUUUGUCAUGACAAGAGGUUCCUAUAUAUACUUCUGUAUAGGGAGCAUAUUAGUUAAGGAUUUGAGAGGUGAAAUAAGCUCAUAUUGGCCAUCCAUUUAAUGAAAUGUAAGAAUGAACGGCCAAAAUUAAUUCAUCUUACACUCUCAGAUCGGUUAUAGAUUAUAAAAUGGCUUCCUAUGGUGAGGACCAUAGUACAUGUGAUGCAUGAGAUAUUAGUAAUAGAAUGGAAUUUAAGUUGUUUUUCUAUGUUUAUAGAAAUGUUUCAAACAAAUAUUCAUUGUCAAAUAAAAUCACAAGUUCUAUAAUGA